AUGUGCAGUGUUGGCCAUGCUCCAAUUCAGGUGUAUCAACAGCACAUGCAACAUCCGCUACUGUCAGCCAUUUCCGGAAAUAAUUAUGACGAAACGCAGCGAACGCAUUAUCCGUGGCAUCAACAACAUUCGCAUCACUUUCCACCGAAUCCCUACGUGCAACAUGGACGUCCACUGUUGGCCGCUGCCAGCAACCACAACGGUGCUUAUGCCAGCGCAGCCAGCGGCCACUCUGGCUAUGGCAUAGAGCCAUCGUUGGAGUAUGAGGUGCCACCAUCGGGCAGCUAUUCGCCGUAUCAUCCAAGUGGCAGUAGCAACGAUCCCGCAUAUCCACCACCGCAUCCACCAGCUCAUCAUGCACCAAAAUCAGCGCCAACAACGUCGGCCUCGAAGAAGAAAAGGAGCUCCAGCUCGGUAAUGUCUGCAUUGACGCUGCUCUCGUUCUUCUUUUUCGUGAACAUGCUGCAGAGUUGCAUCAAGGAGCACAUCACUGACAUGAACCCCACCGUAAUGGUGCUCACAUCGAGCGGUAGUCGCAAUCGUUUCAAUAAAUUAGCUGAAAUGAACUCACGCGAACAAACCUCAUCGCCGGCAUCCACCACAGCAUCAGAGUCAGCGGCAGCGGCAGCGGAAGUGGUGGCAUCUUGGCCCGUUGCAAGUUCCGCCAUCGUGCCCGUCAUUGUUACGCCUGCUGUGACGCUGCAUACGCCGUAUAGCAGUGGCCUGAUGACUAAUAAGCCAGCCUUGCAUUCUCAUUCGGACCGCCAACAGCAGCCCUACAUGGACACUGGCUAUCCCUGGUCCUACGGCCCCAAUGCCAACUCACAGUCGCAUUCUCAGCCGCAUUCGCAUUCGCAAUCGCAUUCCCAUUCACAUGCAGUUGGCAGCAAACGUUACUCAUCUUCAGCUUCGUUGGGCGCUCAGUCGGGCGUAAGCUCUUACUCGGAUAAUGCGCGGUAUGGGCAAGACGAUGAUGAUCAACGCUACAGCCACGUACAUGAUGAUGAUAACGCUGCCGCUGGUCAACGUCGACGCGUUGAUUUCUACACGCGCAAUAAUAAUUGA